AUGACCAAGACUGAAGUCCAGGCAGGCAGCAAUGCCACUCCUGACUACAGGGCCAUCGUGGCUGCGUGGACUCCGGAAGAGCGAAUGGAGAAAGAGAAGAAGUUCCUCAGGAAAAUUGACACCAGACUUCUCCCAAUUCUUAUCGUGAUGUACAUCAUGAAUUACAUCGACCGAAACGCCCUUCCGCAAGCACGAAUUCAAGGCAUCGAACAGGAUCUGGGACUUAAAGGAGUUGAGUAUAACAUUGUCCUUAUUCCAUCAAACAUGAUUCUCGGAAAAUUGCGACCUAGUAUUUAUCUUUCAGCUUGCAUGGUAGCAUGGGGAGUCGUCAGCGGUGCUACGGCGGCAUCUCAUAACUUUGGCGGUCUUGCGGCGACACGAUUCUUCCUUGGCAUUACAGAGGCCCCCUUUUUCCCAGGUGUAGCCUUCCUCUUUUCUGGCUGGUAUACGAGAAAGGAACUGGGUCUACGUCUCGGAAUCUUCUUUUGCGCGGCGAUGCUUUCUGGUGCCUUUGGGGGCCUCUUUGCUGCUGGUAUAGCUGCAGCCUUCGAAAACAACCGACUGCCCAGCUGGCGAUGGCUGUUCAUAAUCGAAGGUGCAGCUACUGUUCUUUUUGCUGUCGUCACUGGCUUUGUCAUCCCAGACUGGCCAGCCACCACCAAGUGGUUGACCGAGGAAGAGAAGGCGCUGGGAGUUGUGCGACUGAUUGAGGAUGCUGGAGAGGAAGAGGAGGACAUCAACAACUGGACCGCCUUUAAGCUCGCUGCUAAGGACUACAGAGUCUGGCUUUGUAUCCUUGGACAGCUUUGCGUUCAAGCCGUUGCUUCUCUGACCAACUUCCUGCCGACAUUGGUCAACAGCUUUGGCUAUUCCAAGAUCAACACCCUGCUUCUUACAGCCCCGCCAUAUCUUUUCACUGCUCUUUUCUGUCUGUUCAACACCUGGUACUCUGAUCGCACCUCGAAGCGAAGCCCCCAUAUGAUUUACCCUAGUUUCGUCGCCAUUGCGGGCAUUGUCAUUACGAUGGCUACAACAAACAACGGACCCCGAUACUUCGCACUGUUUCUGAUGCUUCCUGGAACCUACGGCUGUUUUCAGAUUUCCAACGCAUGGAUGGCAAAUAUCGGAGCUCGUCCUCAGAAAAAACGAGCCAUAAGUCUCGCCAUGAACAAUUCCUUUGGAAAUGUAGCUCUAGUUUGGACACCUUACCUCUACCCUGCAUCUGAUGGCCCGCGAUACAUGACUGCCUGGUCGGUAAAUCUCGCUCUAACCGUUGUCACUGUAUUGAGCUCGGCGGCCCUCAGCUACUGCCUGCGCAGGGAUAACAAGAAGAUCGAGGAGCUUCAUGAGACGAUCACUAUCGAGGCGGGCUUAGGAGAGAAGGAUUCGAGCCACCACAUUGAGCAGAACGAUGCCAAUGCGACGGUUACAAGGCGGGCCAAUGCUGGAACCAAGUACGAUAUUUAG